UGAGGUAUGAGGGUUGUUGGUCUAAAGUCCGGGAAGUCCAGUCUUUCAGCUCCGCACAUGAGGACGGGAUUUAUCUGACAGCAGACUUUCGACGAGUUAAAUCACCACCAGAGAUAAAAGAAAAAAUGAUGCACUGGACUAAAAUGAAUAAAGAAGAGCUGGACAGGCAGUACUCGCCCAGCCAGUGGUCGCUCAGGAUGUCUGCGGACGACGUGAUCAAGGCUCACCAGAAGGCUUUAAAGGAAGGUACGGAGCGGGCCCGUGGUCUGGCUCAAACGUUGCUCAACGUGCCAUACGGGGAGGGAGAUGGAGAGAAACUGGAUGUCUACAUACCCAGCACCAACUCUUUGGAUGUCCCCCUUGUUAUUUACAUACAUGGAGGCUACUGGAAGUUUCUCAGCAAGGAGGAGUCAGGAUUCAUGGCUGUUCCCCUCGUUGAUAAAGGUGUAGUGGUGGUAGCUGUGGAUUAUGACAUCGCCCCCAAAGGCAACAUGGACCUGAUGGUUUCUCAAGUACGCAGGAGUGUUGUGUCCGUUGUCCAGCAGUAUUCUCACAUCAGUGGUCUGUACCUGUGUGGCCACUCUGCUGGGGCUCAACUGGCUGCAAUGGUCCUCUCCACUGACUGGUCCCAGUACGCCAUCACUCCUCAGAUCAAAGGUGCUUUCCUUGUUAGUGGCAUAUAUGACAUCCUGCCCAUCGUGUCCACCUACGUCAACGAGCCUUUGAAGAUGACAGAAGAGGUGGCGGUGAGGAACAGCCCCAGCAAACUGGUCCCUCAGCUCAAACUCUCCUCAUCCGGCUGCCACAUCAUCGUGGCCGUCGCUGAGAACGACUCGCCCGAGUUUCGCAAGCAGUCGGAAGAAUACUUUAAAAGUUUAGAGGCGUCUGGACUUAAUGUGACCAUGGAGGAUGUGGCGAACACGGACCACUUCAAUAUCAUUGAGCAACUGGUAGAUGGAGAGUAUCAACUAACAAAGCUUCUCUUGAAGACGAUGGGGAAGAGCUGAGGUGGCGGUCUUUGUUCCAUCAUCUAAUAUCAACGUACCUCUGUAUCAGCAUUCACCUCUAAACAGAGUCGUUGUGCACCAAUACUGAUAAUAUAUGCAUUAUUUCAGCUUUGUACAAUGGUGAAUGUACAAUAUCUAUCAUUGUGAUUGAUCAAAAAUUAGGUAGCAUGUAUUGUUUGAAUAUCAAACUGUGUAAUCUUGUUCACUGUAGAAACUGUCAGAAAAACGUGUUGUGAAAACAUUGCGUGCCUAAAGCCGAGUCACUUCAAGGAUGGUGAUUGUAGCUAGUUAUACUGCUGUCCAACUUGCUCAAUUGUGAACAGAUUAUUUUACGACCAUUGUGCACAAUGGUAUCGUCAUGAAGUACUGUUUCUACCAGCACACUAAAAGUUCUAGAGUUGAUGGUUAGUUUAGGCAUAUUUCCAGUGUUAUGUAAAAGGGUGAGUCUGUUUUGUAAUUUUCUUUCUUGUGACAUUCUGAAAUGCAAUUUUAGGUUACUCUGUAGGACAAGAAUAGAAGUCAAAGGUUACUGUUGUAUCUUUGAGUGAAUGUAGCUCUUUAUUGUUACCUACACAAUGCUGAUAUCUCACCCAAAAAACUUUUAAUGGACACUAUAUAUUUGCACUGUAAAUGUGAUACUAAUAUAAGAUUACUGAUAUUAAAAUACACAUAUUUUAAACAAACAGAAGUGACUACAUUUACCUGAUGCACUUGUAACUGCCCUAAUUCUAUCAUCUUGAAUAAUUGUUUACAUUAUCGGUAACACAAAGUGUUCUAUUAAUCAUUAAUGUAGAUUAUGAAGAGAAUCAUCACAAUAAAUAUUUAUAUUUGAGAA